CACACCAAAAGUCGGUUCUCUUCUUUUAAACACAAUCGGACUUUUCUCGGGGCCUUCCUGAUGCUUACUGGGUGACGCCGGAGACCUGAUGAGCAUGUUGAAGUUCUACGGCUUUCCCAGUCAAGGUCUGGCUGACGGAAGAUGAAAACCGAGAUAGAUAGUGCCUUGUUAUCCGUCACUUCGCUAGCUGGCUUCUCUUUGAAGACAUACACGAUCAUGCGGAGUGUCAAUCGAAGCAUGAAACGAGAGUUGCUCGUAGUUGUUAUCAAAAUGCCCUUGUUGAGCUCAGUAUUCUUUGGAAUUGACGGAUGUGGCUGGAUUUUUGGUAUUUCCUUGGAAUUUCAAGCGCAUAAACGCAGCUUGUGUAUCGGAGGCUGGGGCACAAAAUAAGGGCAACUUUGGAUGUCGGACGUCAGAAAAAUUUCUCCGACAUCUCCCCAGUCCCGCCCAAGACCGCGAUAACGACACCGCCCGCCCAAGAGAGACGACACCCGCCGUCGGACCCAUUGGACUGUCUUCUUUUGUCGUAUACAUACUUCGAGAUCGGUUCAAGUCUGCCACUAAGUGUGCGGGGUAAACCGACGAGACUUCAGCCCCCGUUCAAUGGGCUUCGCGCUCUAAGCUGCGAACAUGGCCGACACGAUGCUCGCCGGUCUCGAGGCCGAUCUCUUUGCUGCCUUCAACAACAGCAGCAACGACGAUGUUCCGAUGCCAGACGCCGAUAGUCCAAUCAAGGCCGAUCCUGAACAACCUCCAUCUCAACAAGCGCCAGAUGUUGCUCCUGAGAAGACUGCGGCUCCGACUGCUCCUGCUCCUCCUCCUCCGCCACCACCACCGCCCACGUCGCAACAUGGGGAAGCCACAACCACAAUCACACCCACACCCACACCCACAGUGCCAGCAGCGCCAACAACGCCGGCAACUCCUGCCACUCCGUUAAUAUCUACAGCCGCAGCAGUUUCCUCUCUCCCACCACCAUCGACUCCCGCCCCUGUUCCGAGCCCCGCGCCGAACCUGCUUGCUGCGACCCCAACCACAGUGCUCGAUGCGCAAUCGCCUUCAGUCCAGAUAGAGCAGCUCUUAGCAUCUGCCCAAGCCCAGACGGAUGCCCUUGUGCAUCAGUCUCCAUCUCAAGCGCUAUUACCGCAACCGACGAUGUCUCAACCCCCGGCAGACUCUCAAACACCAAUUGACCCUUCACCGGGAGUCCCCGUUACUGCCCAGAUGCCGAGUGAAGCCAAACGACCCAGGAGCCCUGACCUGGAUGAUGAGGAUAGCCUGGCAAAACGGUUGAAGAUGGAGUUUGCCCAACAUGAGGCGCAACUCGGGCACCCAGAGCAAGCGGGACAUGGUGAGAUGAAUGGGCAUGACAUGGCGCCUGUCGACCUGGAAACGAUGCUGAAUAAUGCGCUGGCUGAUUACGAUGUGAACGUGGUACGGACCACCAACCCAAUACCUGCCACGCCCGAGGCUGAGAAAACACGGAACAAAAUCGCAAACUUUACUCGUCACUCCUUUUAUCAUAUGCGGUCCAUGAGCCUCCUGAACAUGGGCAGUUUUGCUGUUCAGAUCCUCAUCAGACUGUCGCAGAAUACCAAAGCUGACACCGAUGCACUUCUUGCCCAGACCGAAUCCGAGUUUUACAAGGCCUAUGGUAUGCUCUGGAAUGUGUUUGAAAGCACACGAAAGAUGUACUCAGACUCUCACCUCCUUUCGGUCGACGAGUUGGAAAUCACAGACUCGGAGGAUAGGGAGACGAUCCGUAUGUCAAACUUGGCUUCGGUGGCAGGCAUGGUGUUUGGCUCAGGCGAUGUGACACUGAAAGAUGUACACGAUUCUUUUUUCAGCGUCUUCAUCCCCGAAGACGGCGAAUACAAGGACUCUUUGACCGAAUUGUUAGUUAGCUUGAAGACGCGGCUCUUCUUGGAUGCGCUUAAUCACCAACCACCGCAGCCGGCGCUGGGCGUGUUGGACACUUUGUUUCCUGCUCGGUUCGAUGAGGUUUUGAAGAAUCGCAGUGGAGAUCUGGCAUUGAAUCCGGAUGAGGAGCGGCUGGUUGGUCAGGUUCGCGAGAGAAGGGAAUUGCUGGUUCAAUCGGCCGCUGAUGAAUCUAUCAAGAGAUCAUUGGCGGAGCAAUCGUCACCCGAGAGAAUCACCGAGUUGCUGAGCUUGUUUUUGCAAGGCCACCUGGCUGUUAUAGUUGACUACGCCAGGAGCUACGGCAUCAACAUACCCACACAAGAGGAGGAGCCGGUUCUGGCCACGAAUAUGGAAAUCGAGGAGCAGCACGACAGCCUUGCUGAAACGCUCAGGCUUGCAACAGCGCAACUUCCGAUGGCUGGGGAAACCAAAGAACUCGACGGCGAAGAUCUGUCGGGUCAACAUGAUGACGAAACAUUGAAAAAGCUCAUCGAGCAGGAGUUGGCCAAGGAUUCGUCCUUGUCGCAUGACCUGAGCGGGCUGAUUAAGGACUCUUCCGCUGGACAGCAUGACAUGAAUAGCUCGACUACCGAAUUGGCGAAUCUAAUCGCUGCCAGCCUUCCGAAAAUCCCAGAAGAACCGCCGCAUGGGCUCCCCACCACCUCGACUAUGAUAUAUUCGGGGACUGUCGGGACCGCAAAUCUCGGACACGCCCCGGCCCAUCCUCACUACAUUGCGCAAAUGAAUCAACAACACCAGGGCCAAUAUCAGACGUACACACAGAGCCCCGCGCCAGCAGCCCCGGCUGCUCCAGCUGCCACGAACGAGAAUGGCCUUCCACCAAAUCAGUCUUUACCCACUGCGGCUCUGUACGAAAAGGCUCGGCAGGCUGCUGUUGCAAAAUCAUCUAAUACGUCGAGGCGCGAAGGCCUGCAUUCGACUCGGAGGCCUUGGAGUCCUGAAGAGGAGAAGGCUCUCAUGGCUGGUUUGGACAUGGUGAAGGGUCCCCAUUGGAGUCAAAUUCUCGGUCUUUUCGGGCCGCACGGAACCAUUUCAAACAUCCUGAGGGAUCGCACUCAGGUCCAGCUGAAGGACAAGGCAAGGAAUCUGAAGCUAUUUUUCCUCAAGACGAACUCGGAAAUGCCGUACUAUCUGCAACACGUCACAGGAGAGCUCAAGACUCGGGCUCCGACCCAGGCAGCAAGAAAGGAAGCCGAGGAGAAGGCGCGGCAGAAUAGCCAAGAAGAACAGGCCAGGCUGCAGACAAUGAUGGCGCUGUCGAAUAUGCAACACAACAACCAGUCCGUGAUGCCCGGCCCACAUUCAAGUGUGCAAGCUCCGCGGGCAAGCCCAACCACCCCGGGCGUGAGCGGGCCUAUGAAUGGCAAUACGACUACGGCAACAUCGGGCGGUUUGCCUCCAGUGCCCAUCUCACCAAUGGUCAAGUCGGAGCCUCAGGAACACCACGGCCUACCAAAGGUUACAUCGUUUCCAUCCAUAGCCCCGGCGCCGGCUCCAAGCACGUCGAUGCAGCCUCCAAGUAAGCCGCAGUAUCAUCACUUGCAGCCACAGCCGUCUUCUCCGCAUCACCAGGCCCAACAGCACCAGGCUCAUCAGCCUCACCAGCCUCAGCAGAACCAAGCCCAGCAGCAACAGCAGCAACAGAACAGACAAAGUCCGCAACAGCAGAACCAGGGUCAGCAACACGCUCAGCAACACGCUCAGCAACACGCUCAGCAACACGCUCAGCAGCAUGUUCAGCAGCAUGUUCAACAACCUGUUCAGCAGCAAGGCCAGCAACAAGGCCACCGUCAGACUCAGUCGCAGCUGCAUCAAGCACAGCAGCAGCUCCAGGCCCAGCAAUAUCAGGCUCCGCAGCAUCAAGCUCAGCAGCAGCCGCCAGCUCCGCAACGGCAACAAACGAUGCCACACCAGCCUACUGCGCAACACCAGCACGCUCCGCAAGCCCAACAGGCUCAGCAGGCUCAGCAGGCUCAGCAUCAGCAGGCCCAGCAACUUCAGCAGGUCCCUCAACAUCAUCAGGGUCAGCAGGUGCAACAACACCAACAGGUCCAACACAGUCGGCCUGCACAGCAACAGCAACAACAGGCUCAGCAGCUUCAACAAGUCCAGCAAAACCAGCAAGCUCAGCGACAACAUUCUCAUCAGCAGCAUGUUCAGCAAGCGCAUCCUCAACAAUUACAGCAGCAUCAACAACAGCAACAACAACAACAGCACCAGGCUCAGGCGCCCCAGCCACCGCAACCACAGCAGCAAACGCACCAUCAACACCGGCAAACCCAGCAACAAGUCCAGCAGCAGGCUCAGCCUCAGGCACAACCACACCGUCACAUCCCCUCACCAACAACAUCACAGCCAUCGCCGGCACCACCACGACCGGCUCAGCCGGCUCAAACGGCAUACCAGCCCCAGCCCCAGGCCUCGACAGCCCAGCCGUCACCAGCACAGGCCUCGCCGCCGGCAGUUCCCGGGCUGCCAAUACCUCCUAAUCAUCAUUCCACCCCUGAUCACCAAGAUCAGGAGUUGUUGGAGUCGCUGCAGGCUGCUCUGGCUGUUCAGCCUAACUAG